AUGGACAGAAAUUCGGAAGAAAAUAAUACAACAAGACGUAAUGCAGGUAUCAACACAAGACUUGCCGAUUGUUACCUAUGGCCACCAGAAUUUGGUUCGUCAAAAAGGAAGUCCGUCAGUGGAAUGUCAAAGAUUUCAGAAGAAAGUCAUUCAAAACUGAAUCAAAUGGAAGGAAAAGAUGCAGUUCUAGAAGUAGAUGAAGAGGACAACACAACCAAAAAUCACUCGAUUCGUCGAAAAGUUCUUCUAUCUGCGGACGACAAACAAGAGACUGCAUCUGUUCGUUCAGUAUGUUCUAGACAAUCGAACUCAAGUAGUGUUGAAUUACAAAGACGAAAGCAUGCUGUUGAAGUUGCAAAAAUCAAACAAGCCAUAGAAAUGAAGAAACUAGAAGAUAAAUUACAAUUGUUAGAGCUAGAGCAGAAAGUGUUUGAGACCCAGGUUUCAGAUGACAUGGAAAGAUCUUCGGGUAGAUCAUUGCAUAGUUCAAGAAGUCAAAGACAAAAUGUUCCAGACAAUACUCCCAGACGGAAAAUGGAUGUAGUAGAGGAAGCUCCAAGACUGACAAUACCAGAUAAGAGACCCGUGCGUUCUCCAGAACCAUCCGCCAUCGAACGAUUAUGCCAUACCAUAAGUGAAGCGGUGAAAUCAGUAGGUAGUGCUCCAAGACGAGAUCGAUUUAUUGCACGCCAAGUUGUAGAGAAAGACAUUCUUCACUUUGACGGUAACCCUGAAGAGUGGCCAGUAUUCAUCACACAAUUCAGAAAAAUUGCCUCAUUGUGUGAAUAUUCUUCUGAGGAAAUGAUGAUAAAAUUGCAAAAAUGUUUAAAAGGUGAGGCCAAACUAGCCGUAUCGGGCAUGAUGAUUUCACCUGAUAACGUUGAUUCAGUGCUGAAGAUAUUAGAAAUGAGGUUCGGACGUCCUGAUCUGAUAAUCGAUGGACUUAUAUCAAAGGUUAAAGCUGUGACACCGAUCAGAGAACAUAAUAUAGAGAGUUUGAUCAAAUUUUCAAAUCAUAUAUCUUGUUUAGUCGCAACAAUCAAAUCCUUGGGUUAUAACGAACAUCUUCAGAAUCCUACAUUGGUUCGAGACAUCGUACAAAAGCUUCCAGAUAUGAUUAAACUUCGCUGGGGGGAGGAAGUUAUGAAGAAACAUGGUACUGUUGACCUCAGUGAUCUCUCAGAUUGGAUUUCAGACAUAGCAGCAGCAGCAUGUUACGUGAGUAGACCGAGUUCUUCAACAAUGAAUAAAACGGAGCCUAGAUCGAAGCCAUUCGUAUAUUCUUCGACAAAACGAUAUGAGACUACUCUGACGACAGCUGAUAGCAAAAAAACUGAUAAAUUGUGUACGUAUUGUCGAGAAAAAGGACAUUAUAUCCAAGAUUGUUCAAAAAUAAAUCAAGACGAUGUUGAGACCAGAUGGGAGACUGUGACCAGAAGAAAAUUAUGUUUCUCAUGCCUGAAAAACAAUCACCAGACAAUGAAAUGCAGAUCCAAACGUCAAUGUGGUAUCAAUAACUGCAAACGAUCUCAUCAUAAGCUCCUUCAUAAAGAUCAAUCACAACAAAAUUUCGACUACACACAGUCUACCCAGACGGAAGAUCUUAGAAAGGAAAACGUUCUUGCUGUGGGACAAGGUGCGGCAAAUAUUCUUUUGCGGAUGAUCAAGGUGAGAUUGUAUGGAAAAAAUGAUUUUCUGGAAACCAUUGCACUCUGUGAUGAAGCUUCGACUGUGACUCUCAUAGACAAAUCCAUUGUUGACCACCUGGAAAUAGAAGGGAAUGUGGAAUCUCUUUGUAUACAAUGGACGAAUAAUAUGACAUCGUGCUACGAAGAUUCUCAUCGCCUAGACCUUGAUAUAUCGGGAAUCCAUGAAAAUGCCAAGAGAUUCACUAUGAAAAAUGUGAGAUCUGUGGAAAAUCUAUCUUUACCUGUUCAAGUCAUUAAGGAAACAGACUGGAAGAAAUAUCCUCACUUACAGGGCAUUCCUUUCAAUGAAAUUCAAGGACGUCCGAUGAUUCUUUUAGGCCAAGAUAACAUCCGACUCACAGUGGCCAGAAGAGUUAUUCAGGGUCCAGAAAAUUCUCCACUUGCAACAAAAACCAAUCUCGGUUGGAUUUUACACGGUGAUGUGGACAAUCAUCAUGGCAAUAAGAGAAUUUUUCAUUCCUUUCAUAUUUGUCAUUGUGAAACUGUUGCUGACGACGAGCUCCACAAGAUGGUGAAACACUCUUUUAGUACUGAAGCCUUUGGAGUUCAAGUAGCUAUAAAAUCCAACAAAAAAGACAGCAGGGCGCUUGAUAUAAUGCAAAAAACUGCAAAACGAAUCGGUGACCGAUUUGAAAUAGGACUGCUCUGGAGGGAGAACGAUAUUCACUUGCCUGAAAGUAAAAAUGUAGCCGUUCGAAGACUUAUGUGUGUGGAAAAACAAAUGCACAAAGAUGAAAAUUUCAAGAGAAGAUACUGUGAGAAAAUUGAAAGUUACUUAAGGAAAGGAUAUGCCAGGAAGCUGUCAGCUGAAGAAGCAUCUGAAGAAGGUCCUCGUUGCUGGUACUUACCUCAUUUUGGAGUAAUAAAUCCGAAUAAACCAGCCAAGCUACGACUUGUUUUCGAUGCUGCUUCAAAGUCGUGUGGAACUUCCCUAAAUGAAAAUUUACUUGCUGGACCAGACCUCUUACAACCAUUGGUGGAAGUAUUGAUAAAGUUUAGACAACGAAAGAUCGCCUUCUGCAGUGAUGUUCGUCAUGACAUUUGGUGCACCUGUUCUCCGACUUGCGCACAAUUCGUUAAGAAUUUGAAUGCCCGACAACUAACCCAAAGACAAGAUAUUUUGGACGCUAUUGAGAUGAAACACUAUGUCGAUGAUUAUUUAGACUGCACCGACACUGUAGACGAAGCCUUAGAAAAGAUUUUUGAAGUGAAACGUAUUCAAAAUUUGGGUGGAUUUGAAUUAGUUGACUGGACAUCAAACUCUAAAGAUGUUAUGGAUGCUCUUUCUACACAAGAAGAUUUUAUAUGCAAAGAUCUUGAUUUGGACUCUGAUAGGUCGAUACAACGAAUUUUAGGACUUUCCUGGGAUUCAAAACUAGAUAGCUUCUGUUUUAAACUGAAAUCCAACAUUUUUGAGGUCGAAACCAGAAAUGGCACAACGAAAAGACAAAUUCUGAAAAUAGUGAUGUCCAUUUUCGACCCAUUAGGACUUAUUGCUAAUUUGACAGUACGAGGAAGAAUCCUCAUUCAAGAUAUAUGGAAAUCCGGAAUUGGUUGGGAUGAUUCAGUCGAACAUGAACAAUAUAAGACAUGGAAAUUAUGGCUUUUGGAUCUUCAAAAAAUUACAAAUAUUUCUAUACCUAGGUGCUAUUCAACGAGUAUUCCUAAGGCUGAAAGAGUAGAGUUACAUAUAUUCUGUGAUGCGAGCAAAAGGGCUUACGCUUCUGUAGCUUACCUACGAAUGAUCGCCAAGACAUCAAUCGAUGUAGCUUUAAUUUUUGCUAGAGCUAGGGUGGCACCGAACAAACCGAUUUCAAUUCCGAGACUCGAACUUCAAGCCGCUUUAAUGGGAUCAAGACUCAAGAAAAUGCUGAUCAAAACGUUAGAAAUCAAAAUUGACAAAACGUACCUAUGGACUGAUUCAACAACAGUACUUCACUGGAUCAAAAACGAUGGUAGUAAACUGGGACAAUUUGAAUCUCAUCGCGUAGGUGAAAUUCAAGAGUCAACAGACAGUUCUGAUUGGCAUUGGGUUCCAUCCAAGUCAAAUGCUGCCGACAAUGCCACAAGAACCUAUUUUGAUGAUGGAAAUAAUUUGGGUUUCAAUCGUUGGCAUAAUGGACCAAAAUUUCUACAACUCCACGAUGAAAUGACAUGGCCGAUCAAGAAAACCGACUGUGGGGGAAUUUCGAAAAAUUCUGAAGAUGAAAAAGAUAUUCAACCGAUAGAAUUUUUGGCCACUAUUCUAGAAAAUGAUUCCUGUUUACCGGAUAUAAACCGUUUUUCCAAAUGGAUGAGGUUGAUUAGAGCCACGGCCUGGGUGCUGGUAGUCGCUAAAUUGUUGAUUUCAAAACUUCGUUCCAAAAAUGGUCAAAUUAUAGCAGAAAUUACCACUUCAGACCUUGAAGAAGCUGAAAUCAGAUUAAUCAAGCAAUGUCAACUGGAAACUUUUCCAGAAGAAAUCUCUUUCUUAAAGAAAUGCAUGUGCUUGAAGAAUCAGAGUAGACUAAAACAACUUUCACCGGUCAUGGAUAAAAAUGGAGUUUUGGUAGUGAGUGGACGGACUGACUUGGCCACACAAAUGGAAAUGACAACCAGAAGACCCAUAAUAUUGCCAUCUAAACAUAGGUUGACUAAAUUACUACUGCAUCAUUACCAUGAACAAUGUGCUCAUCAAGGUAUCGAAACUGUAUUGAAUACUGCUAGACAAAAAUUUUGGAUUAUUGAUGGUAGAUCAGCCGUGAAGACCACAUUUGCAGAAUGUAAAAAAUGCCGAAUUUUAAAAGCUAAACCUGCAAUUCCACAAAUGGGCCCACUUCCGACAUUCAGAUUGACUCCACCAGCUCAUGCAUUCACAUACACAGGAAUUGAUUAUUUCGGACCCCUGUAUGUAACAAUUGGACGUCGACGCGAGAAAAGAUGGGGAGUUAUUUUCACCUGUUUAUCGAUAAGAGCUGUACAUCUUGAAGUAGCACACUCGUUAUCAACGGAGUCAACGCUAAUGGCAGUGAGACGAAUGAUAGCAAGAAGAGGACAACCUCUGCAAACGUUUAUAGAUGAUCCUAGAAAAUCCCGGAAACUCGGAUUAAUUGAAAAGAUUUUUCCCAUCCCCGAUGGAAAAAUUAGAGUCGUUCAAGUGAAAACAGCGAAUGGUUCUUAUAAACGACUUGUUGCCAAGUUAUGUAGAUUGGAUAUCGAAGAUAGUGGACAAAGAUGA